AUGCCGUCAGACAUUGUCCGAUCGUGGUAUAUCCUUCUGAGCUCCAUACCCAGACUCCUUCAUCCUCCAAGGCUUAUCUUCGUCUUCUCGAAGCCACAGGACUCACUACCAGCGGAGAACAUGAAGACCGACCAUCAGAUCAUCAGGUCUGUCCUGAGCGAGGAUGACAUGGAACGAAUCUUGUGUCUCUGGAUAACAGUCGACGAGUCUCAAUGGAAUACAGAAAAAGCAGCCAGACUUCUCGGCUCUCCUUCCGAGACCUUUCUGGAAUCGAUCAGAAACAUGUAUGGCAAGAUCAGAGCUGCUUAUGCCAAGGAGUCGAAGGUCUAUGUCGACCACAUAGCUCGUAUGAGCUUCCAUCUAGACCAUCUUGAAUUCAAGCGAGGAGGUUUUGCCAAUUCGCGCCUCGAGUAUUCCCUUGAAGGCCGCAGCGGGAUGCACGCCGCCGAGACUGCGAAUGAACAAGUCAAGAACACCGAAGGGCAAUUGGUGAUGAGAGACGACGAUGCUGAAUCGAGCAACAGAAAGCGCAAAUCCGCGCAGUCGGCCAUGGAAGAAUGUGUUGAGAAAAGCAGCUUCAAGCGUUCCAGAAGAUUGAUAGCGACGAGCAACGUAUCGAUGUGA